GCGCUACCAUUCCAGCACUCACAUCCCCGGUGCGACGGAACUAAGCGCACGCGGCCACAACCUCCAAAUAUUAACGUUAGCACUCCCCCGCCCCGCCCCCUGGAAACACACCGACGUUCCUCUCGGGUCGCGGCUCCGAACACCAGCGGCCGCAGCGGGGACGGACCGGCGGGCGGUGAAGUGCAGCCGUUAACGCCACGUCGACUAAAACAAACAAACUAAAGCUUUAACAGUUGUUCCCGUCUUUCUUUUGAUCUGUCGAACCGGAGUUUCACCGCCGUGACACCAUGCUGGACCCGUCCUCCAGCGAAGACACCGGCGGGGAGUCCGACCCAGAAGUUGUCCAGGAGACUCCCAGGAAACCGGCUGCCUCCUCGGCGGGGAAACGCGGGAGCAGCAGCCGGGCGAGCGGCCAGCGGCGGCAGUCCGCCGCACCUGGAGGUGCACCCGGUAAAGGUGCUAAAGAAGGCAACGCCACAGGUGAAGAGGAGGAGGAGAAGAAGGAGCGCGAGCGGAUCCAGAAGGAGGAAGAGGAGAGGAAAAUUAAACUGCAGAUUUAUGUGUUCGUCCUGCGGUGCAUCGCCUACCCGUUCAACGCCAAGCAGCCCACCGACAUGGCCCGGCGGCAGCAGAAGGUGAACAAGCAGCAGCUGCAGGCGGUGAAGGAGCGUUUCCUGGCCUUCCUCAACGGGGAAACUCAGAUUGUGGCGGAUGAAGCUUUCUGUAACGCUGUGAGGAGCUACUAUGAGGGCUUCCUGAAGAGCGAGCGCGUGUCCCGGAUGGUUCAGAGCGGCGGCUGCUCGGCCAACGACUUCCGCGAAGUCUUCAAGAAGAACAUCGAGCGACGCGUCCGCAGCCUCCCGGAGAUCGACGGCCUGAGCAAAGAGACGGUGCUGAGCUCCUGGAUCGCCAAGUACGAUGCCAUCUACAGGGGGGACGAGGACAUGCGUCGUCAGCCACAGCGGGCGCACCUCAGCGCCGUGUCAGAGCUCAUCCUCAGCAAAGAGCAGCUGUACGAGAUGUUCCAGCAGAUCCUCGGCAUCCGCAAGUUCGAGCACCAGCUGCUGUACAACGCCUGCCAGCUGGACAACGUGGACGAGCAGGCGGCUCAGAUCCGCAGAGAGCUGGACGGAAGGUUACAGCUGGCCGAGAAGAUUGCCAGGGAGAGAAGAUACCCAAAGUUUGUAUCUGCUGAUAUGGAGCCUCUCUACGUGGAGGAGCUGCGUUCUGCAGUCAAUCUUCUCAUGGCGAACCUGGAGAGUCUGCCAGUGUCCAAAGGAGGUCCAGACUUCAAACAGAAGCUCAAACGCUCCUCCAUGAACAACUCCUUCCUGGACAUGGGAGAUGAGGGGGACAUCCUGUCCAAGUCUGAUGUCGUGCUGUCGUUUACUCUGGAGAUUGUGAUUGUGGAGGUCCAGGGUCUGAAGUCUGUGGCUCCGAACCGGAUCGUUUACUGCACCAUGGAGGUGGAGGGAGGAGAGAAGCUGCAGACAGACCAAGCUGAAGCCUCCAGACCACAGUGGGGGACUCAGGGCGACUUCAUCACGACUCACCCUCUGCCUUCGGUCAAAGUGAAGCUGUUCACAGAGAGCACCGGGGUCCUGGCUCUGGAGGACAAGGAGCUGGGCCGGGUGGUCAUGAACCCAACCACGAACGGGCCGAAGCAGGCCGAGUUCCACCGGAUGGUCGUCCCCAAGAGCAGCCAGGACACAGAGCUGAAGAUCAAACUGGCCGUCCGCAUGGACAAACCGCCCAACAUGAAGCACAGCGGGUACCUGUACGCUGUGGGACAGAGAGUCUGGAAACGCUGGAAAAGAAGAUAUUUUGUUCUUGUUCAGGUGAGUCAGUACACGUUUGCCAUGUGCAGCUACAGAGAGAAGAAAGCCGAGCCUCAGGAGCUGAUGCAGCUGGAGGGCUACACGGUGGACUACUGUGACCCUCAGCCAGGUCUGCAGGGCGGCCGGGUGUUCUUUAACGCGGUGAAGGAGGGCGACCUAGUGAUGUACGCCUGUGACGAUGAGCAGGACCGGAUGCUGUGGGUCCAGGCCAUGUACCGAGCCACGGGACAGUCCUACAAACCGGUCCCACCGCCGCAGAACAGAACCACAAACUGCAGAGGAGGACUGCAGAAACCAGCGUCCCCCAUCAGUCUGGAUCCGUCUCAGCGUCAGGGGGUGGAGGAGUUGAUCUCUGCAGCUCCAUGUCACUUCGACCACGCCGCCCUCUUCACCAUCUUACAGAAACACACUCUGCAGCACCGCAUGAAUGACUCCUUCUCCUGCCUGGGUUGGUUCAGUCCCGGUCAAGUGUUCGUCCUGGACGAGUACUGCGCUCGGUACGGCGUUCGAGGCUGCCACCGUCACCUCAGCUACCUGAGGGAUCUGAUGGAUUACUCAGAGGACAACGCGCUGGUCGACCCCACGCUGCUGCACUACAGCUACGCCUUCUGCGCCUCCCACGUCCACGGAAACAGGCCUGAUGGGAUGGGGACAGUGACGGUGGAGGAGAAAGACAACUUUGAGGCCGUCAGGGGUCGACUCAUGGCUCUGCUGGAGAACCAGAUCACACAUUUUAGGUACUGCUUUCCCUUUGGACGACCAGAUGGGGCCCUGAAGGCAACACUCUCCCUGCAGGAACGGGUUUUGAUGAAGGACAUCACCACACCUGUUCCUCCAGAGGAGAUGAAGAAACUGGUGCAGAAGUGUCUGGAAAACGCAGCUCGAAUCAACUACGGUCAGCUGAUCGAGUACGCUCAGAUCAAGGUGGACACUCAGGCAGCUCCGGAGAAAAGACUAGAGGACAUGAUGCGACUGGGAGAGCUCUGUAUCGAAGUCCUGCAGCAGAACGACGAACAUCACUCCGAGGCUUUCUCGUGGUGGCCGGAGCUGAUGGCCGAACACGCCGAGAUGUUUCUGUCUCUGUACAAAGCCGACAUGGAUGCCGCUCUGCAGGUCCAGCCUGUCGACUCGUGGGACAGCUUCCCUCUGUUCCAGCUCCUCAACAACUUCCUGCGAACUGACCCUCACCUGUGCAACGGGAUAUUCCACAAACACCUGCAGGACCUGUUCGUCCCCCUGGUGGUGCGCUACAUCGACCUGAUGGAGUCGUCCAUCGCCCAGUCCAUCCACCGCGGCUUCGAGCAGGAGACCUGGCAGUCUGUCAAGUCGUUAACUAACAAUCUAGCGAGCGUUCCUCUUCCCAAAGUCCCCAGCCUCCCUCUCACACUGCCACAGAUGCCCACCUUCUCAGCGCCUGCCUGGAUGGGACCGCUGUGUGAGAACACCUUGCAAGGCAUAAAUCUACCUGACAUCUUCAACGGCUCGGCCAGCUCGGAGGAUUUGUUCUGGAAGCUGGACGCUCUGCAGAUGUUCGUGCUGGACCUCCAUUGGCCAGAGCCCGAGUUCGCAAAACAUCUGGAGCAGAGGCUCAAACUGAUGGCCAGCGACAUGAUGGAGGCGUGUGUCAAGAGAACAAAAUAUGCAUUUGAUUCCAAAAUGCAGAAAGCCAGUAAGUCAACAGACUUCCGGGUGCCGCUGUCUGUCUGCACCAUGUUCAACGUGCUGAUGGACGCCAAGAAGCAGUGCUCCAAACUCUGUGUGCUGGACACCGGUCAGGAGAUUGACAAACAAUGGCAACAGUACCACUCAAAGAUCGAUGUUCUGAUUGACGACACGUUUAAAGAAAUGAUUUCCUCCCUCGUCACAAGGUUUGCUGCUGUUUUGGACGGCGUCCUCUCCAAGCUCUCGAGAUACGAUGAAGGGACAUUCUUCUCUUCAAUCCUCUCUUUCACAGUGAAAGCAGCUGCCAAAUAUGUGGAAGUCCCUAAACCGGGGAUGGAUCUGGCCGACACCUACAUCACCUUCAUACGGCAGAACCAGGACAUCCUCCGAGACCGCGUCAACGACGAGCUGUACAUCGAGACGGUGUUUGAUCAAUGGUACACCGGCUCCAUGAAGGCAGUGUGUGUUUGGCUGACAGACAGACUGGACCUGCAGCUUCACAUGUACCAGCUGAAAACACUCAUCAAGAUUGUGAAGAAGACCUACCGUGACUUCAGGCUGCAGGGCGUCCUGGACGUCACGCUGAACAACAAGAGCUAUGAGACCAUCUACAACCGGCUGACAGUGGAGGAAGCCACAGCGGCCGUCAAGUCGGGCGACGGCCUGCAGGGCAUCAGCAUGAGAGAUAGCGAUGAGGAGGAAGAUUGAGCACACAUCAUCCCUUCACACACACCUGGUUACUACCUGAUCAUCGUCCUCUCCAGCAGAUCAGGACCUUCCAUCACAGUGUGAUUAAUGGUAUAGAUCAAACAUGUGCAGUAGAGGUAACAUGUCAUCGUGACUGGAGGUCCUGAUCAGGUGAGGACGAGCGCUCAGGUAGUCACCCCCCCCUUCCCCUUCCCUCCUCCCUCCUACCCAACCUGUCACAUGCUCAUUGCCCUGACGCUGCUGUACAUGCGUGUUGAAAUCGUGCACGAAUGAGAAUGUACGACAAACAGGAAGUCGAGGUGAGGUGUGGCAUCCGACGGACACUCUGCAGAGACAAACCUCGUCCACCCUCCCUCACCUGCAGGGCAGGAAGCCCCGCCCUCCUCCACGAGCAGCCAUACUCUGAUUGAUGUCACUUUGUACAGUAGAGCUCAGCGAUCGCCGUCAGUGCAGCUCCUUCCUGUGUUUUUUUGUUUUCAUCCACAGUUGUAGCUAAUUGCUCAAAAAGGCUGCGGCAGCUCUGACCCCCCCCCCCCCCCCCAAGUCUGAGCGACCUCGCCGCCUUCAACAUUGUUUUUAACUGACAGCAACGGCAGCAAAAUCACCUAAAGAGAUCUAUUUUUAUUUGACAGGAAGCUUGGAAUUGUAAGGUUCUAUUUGACUGUUUUAAUCAAAGUUAUCCACGGUCACAUCUUUGAAUGUUACUUUGUACUAUUUUUUUAAUAACCAACCUAUUCAGGCUCUUAUCCUUCACUGCUCGUACUGAAGACCUAGAAGUAAUGCACUAUCAUUCUUAUAUAACCCGAAUAAUCAUGAGCAAGGAGGCUGUGAUGACUCCUGCAUUACCCUGUCAGUGUCCUGGGGAUGAGGCGACAGGAAAUCAUGAGUUUAUCUUCUUGAGGGCAAAACGUGGGACAUUGCAUCAAUAUCUUCUCAUUAGGUUUUGAUAUUUCUUGUCCAAAUGAAAAAGAGUUAGGGUUAGUUUGCAGAGGAAAACCAGGACGUUGUUACGAUUCAUCCUCUGGCGAUCAUGAGUGCCACUAGUGCAUUUUGAUUAACUUGCUGUGGACAUGCAGAUCCAACUCGCCCACCAAAAAUACCGUUCUUUGGCCCCCUAGCUGUCCUCCCCUGCACCCCCAUGUUCCCUCGCCUUAGUCGUCGACAAAUCUGCGACUCACAAUUUACAUCCAACGCCAAAGUUUCUAUGAUAGUGUCUUUUAUGUAGCGAGGCAGAACGUAAAGUCAGUGUGGUAAAUGAGUACGUAGCAAGUUCAGCUGUUAUUAUGCUGAGGAAAGAGUUGUUCAGAAGUGUAAUGCAUUCGCUUGAGAAAAAAAGAAUCAGCUGUUUUUUCUUUUCUUCUUCUUUUUAAUUAACAAGAUAAUUAUCUCAGAAUUAUGAGAAAAGUUUUGUUGAAAAAAUUAUCCUCAUUUUUCUAAAAUUAACAAAAUAAUAAUCUUGUAAACUCAGAACAAAAGGAAAAUUUACAAGUUUAUUAACUUGUUAAUUCAGAAAAACAAGAGCAGAUUUUCUUUCAUGAAAACUUUUCUCAAAAUUCUGCGGUAAUGAUCUCAUUAAUUCAGAAAAACAGGUGUCCUUUUUUUUUCAAGUGAAUACAUUACGCCUCCAUAGAUUUGCGUCACAGAUCAAAUUAUUAACAUUAGCUUUUGUUAAUUGCCAUCAGGAUGUUUCCAUUUACUGUUUUGCCCAAACCUUAAAGGAUAUUUGUGGUUUUAUUACAGUUUGGGUCUUUGUAGUUGUGUGCAUCAUUUCUAUUGAUAAUAUAAAAAUUGAACUCAACAAGUUAACAUCUGAGAUAAUACAAUAGGAACACGAGCAGUAGCAGACGAUUUACCCAGGUUAUGUAAACCACUUUGUUUGAAUAUCAAACUAAAAGUGAGCACACCUGAGAUGUUGGUCAUAAAACCGUCCACUGUAAGUACAGUAGGUGAAAACUGUAGCAGGAUGUAGGUCUGUAAACUGUGAUGGAUGUUUACAGUGAUCAAUAAGUAUGUUUUGUCUGACCCGGCGAUUUAUUUCCAACCUGUUCAUCGUCUGACUGCUCAUUUUUCUUUGGCUGUCGCACUUCCAGAGACUUUGAAUGUAGUCGUAGGUCAACCCGGUCUCCGAAAUCGGCGAAAUCUGGCGUUUGUUCAGUGACUUCGGACGUCAGACUCAGACAAAAAAAGCUGUCCUUUCACGUCGGCGUGAUGUAAGGCCAGUCACCACUAUUGUUUAACAGCGUCAGGGGGAAACGCAGUGGGUCAACAACGAAAGUUAAAGGGAUAGUGC